UAUCACAAGAUAAAGGAUUUUACAGAGCAGGAGCAUGAAAUACCCCUGACAACUCUUGCAACUUUGGCGUCGCUUUUCGUCAAGCACCAAGUCCACAAUCAUUUUGGCAUCUCGUUGCUCCAUCGACACCAAGACACCAACAUAGGCUCGGUGAUGGUGCAUUCCAAGCUACAAAUUCUCGACCAAGAGGUCGACAUUUGUCAAGCAAAGACCUUCGACUCGCGCCUUUUCCACGCAUGCUCCUACUUUUUGGAUGAGGAUAUGGGAUUUCUACCAUAUGAAUACUCAACAGAGGAUCAUGGUGCCUCUGCAGAAUGCCUGUUCCUGGACGAACUAGCAUGCUUUCUACUGGAGAACAAACUCCAGACCGUGCUUGCACUCUGCUGUGCAUCAAAAUCGAUAUCUCCUUGGUUCGAAUAUUCAAUCCCCGACAAUAGUGGAACCAUUGCUGUGCAGAACCCGUUGCAGGUGCAAUUAGAUCUUGUCGAAGCUGAGUGGAACUUUCAC